GCGUGGGACGGAGAGAAGGAAGAUGGCGUCUCCGAGCUUCCCCACGCCGCGGCAUGGGCACGUGGGCCGCGGCGCCUUCAGCAAUGUGUACGAGCCCGCGGAGGAUACGUUCCUGCUGCUGGACGCACUCGAGGCAGCAGCGGCCGAGCUGAGGGGAGUGGAAAUAUGCCUUGAAGUAGGGUCAGGGUCUGGAGUGGUAUCUGCAUUCCUAGCCUCUAUGAUAGGUCCUCAAGCUUUGUACAUGUGCACUGACAUCAACCCUGAGGCAGCAGCUUGCACUCUGGAGACAGCACACUGUAACAAAGUCCACAUUCAACCAGUAAUUACAGACUUGGUCAAAGGCUUACUACCAAGAUUGAAGGAAAAAGUUGAUCUUCUGGUGUUUAAUCCCCCCUAUGUAGUGACUCCACCUGAAGAGGUAGGAAGUCAUGGAGUAGAAGCCGCUUGGGCUGGUGGCAGAAAUGGUCGGGAAGUCAUGGACCGAUUCUUCCCACUGGCUCCAGAUCUUCUGUCACCAAGAGGAUUAUUCUAUCUGGUUACCAUUAAAGAAAACAAUCCAGAAGAAAUUUUGAAAACAAUGACAACAAGAGGUCUACAAGGGACUAUUGCACUUUCCAGGCAAGCAGGCCAAGAACUCCUCUCAGUCCUGAAGUUUACCAAGUCCUAACUUACUGUGUGUGCUGUGUAUUAUGCUGGAUUUUAUAUAUUGAUAAUAUAUAUUAUACUGAAUAUGUAUGUGAAUAUAUAUAUAGAG